AUGGUCACUAAAAAAGACAAAACCGCCAUAGUGACCGAGCUCCGGACGGUGAUCCUGGAGGAGAUCAUGGAAGUGCGCAGUGAUCUUACAGCACUGGAGCAGCAGGUCUCUGAACUAGAGUCCGAAAACAUGCAAGCCAUCCAGCACUCACAGUCCACAGACCAUGCCACAGCCAGGCAGGAAACUGUGAUCCUGCACCUACACAGGUAGGGGGGGGAUUUGGAUAACCGGGGGAGACCCAACAAAAUCCACGUCAGGGGCCUACCGGAUGUGGAAAAUAAAGACCUCCAUGAGGUCCUGACAAUGCUAUUCACAUAUGUGCUCGGGAAAGAGGCCAAAGAGGACUACCACAUCGAGAGGACACAGAGAACCCUCCAGCCCCCAAGGAGAGAAGGCCUACCCCACAACGCUAUCUUUUGAGCUCAAGGAGGCAAUCAUGCGGGCGACUAUGCCGCAGACCAUCACCUUCCAAGAUGACUCAGUGUUCCUUUACCAGGACCUCUCAUCCCUCACACUGGAUGCCUGCCGGGCCAUGUGGCCACUCACACGCCUCCUCCAAGAGAAACGCAUACCUUAUAAGUUUUCCAUUUAG